UUAGGAACACUGCAGCCAUGGCCCUGGGACUUUUCAGGGUAUGUCUGGUGGUGGUGACGGCCAUCGUUAACCACCCACUACUGUUCCCUCGGGAGAACGCUACCGUCCCGGAAAAUGAGGAGGAGAUCAUCCGCAAGAUGCAGGAGCACCAGGAGAAGCUGCAGCUGGAGCAGCUGCGCCUGGAGGAGGAGAUGUCACGGCUGGUGGCCGAGAAGGAGGCUCUGCAGCCACUGGAAGACGAGGGCCAGCCGCAGCCAGAAGCCCACACUGCCUGGGACCUCUGGAGCACGCUCUGCAUGAUCCUCUUCCUAAUCAUCGAGGUGUGGCGGCAAGACCACCAGGACGGGCCCUUUCCAGCGUGCCUGGGUGGAGAUGAGGAUGAGCUGUCUGGACUCGUAGGUACCCCACUGAGGGGCCUUCCCCUGCCCAAUAAGGCCACCCUGGACCACUUCUAUGAGCGUUGUAUUCGGAGUGCUACGGGUGAUGCCACCCGCACCAGGGAGUUUGUGGAAGGCUUCGUGGACGACCUGCUGGGAGCCCUGAGGAGCAUCUGCAACCGGGACACUGACAUGGAGAUGGAAGACUUUAUUGGCGUGGGUGACAUGUACGAAAACUGUCUAGUGGAGAGGCCCCUGUUGUACCAACUGUUUGUACCCUUCAUUCCCACAGAGUCCUAUAGCUUCCGCCCAGAGCUCUGGUGCUCCAGCCUUUCAGUGCCCUUGGAUCGCCAGGGCUAUGGCCAAAUCAAGGUGUCCCCAGCUGAUGGGGACCCUCUAGGCUGCAUCUGCGGCAAGACCAAGCUUGGGGAGGAUAUGCUGUGUCUCCUUCAUGGCAAGAAGAGAGGGGUGCGGCCUGGCCGUGGUGGAGGCAGUGCAAUGGAGGACUUGCUGUGUUCCAGAGAGUCCUCAUAUCUAGACACCGUGCAGGUCAUGAAGUGGUUCCUAGUGUCCCUCACCAGAGCCUGGCACCACAUUGCCCACAAGUAUGAGUUCGACCUUGCUUUUGACCAGCUGGACACCCCAGGGUCUCUCAAGAUCAAGUUCCGCUCGGGAAAGUCCAUGCCCUUCACCCUGACUCCGGUUGUCCAGUAUAAUGACUCGGAUCUAUACUUUGUCUCACAGGUCCCCAAGGUGUCGUGUGAGGGUACUCCAGCCCGGAACUCUGACUGGUUCCUGUCCUUUGCUGUCUGCGAGAGACAGUUCCUCCGGAUGACAACCAAGGCUUUGCCGGAGGGUGCCUGCCACCUCAGCUGUUUGCAGAUCGCCUCCUUCUUGCUUUCCAAGCAGAGCCGCCUGACAGGCCCCAGUGGGCUGAACAACUACCACCUAAAAACUGCCCUGAUGCAUCUCCUGCUGUCCAGGCAGGCUACUGACUGGACGGCCAGCCAGCUGGAUGUGCGCCUGCGGGAGCUCUUCUGCUUCCUGGAGAGGAGCCUGCUGGAGAAGAAGCUCCACCAUUUCUUUGUGGGCAACCGCAAGGUGCCCGUGGCUAUGGGACUCCCAGAGACCCUGCGCAGAGCCGAGCCUCUCAACCUCUUCCGGCCCUUCGUUCUGCAGCGGACGCUUUACCACAGCACAGUGGAGUCCUUCUAUGAAAUGCUCAAGAAUGCCCCAACACUCGUCCGCGAGUAUUCCCUUCAUGUCCCUUCAGACCACGCCAGCCCACCACCAAAAGCAGUCGCCUUGUAGAGCAUGAGAUUUGACGGCCGUGAGGGAAAGCAUCUUAUGUAUCUACCUUACUGGCCUCUGUGACGCCAUACAGGAAACACAGCAGGCCUGGAGGCAGCUGACGUUCACCUUGCUAAGGAGCCAGGUCCUGGAGAGUGAAGGAAA